CUCUCCCUCUCGACUGCGCUCGCUUUCGUCACUGCACGCUUUCGUUCCCAAUUCGAAACGAAUGUGGGUCUCGCGAGCGAGGCGUCGAUCGCCCACGAUCGAUCAUUCUUAAAGUGAAGGUCAUUUAAUUUUCGCGUCAGUCGGAUUUUAUUUUGUCUUUUGAUGCUCGGGGAUGCGAGGAGGAUACAAAUGGAGACGAAAACGGAGCCAUUAACGCCACCGCAAACACCGCCGACGAUCGACAGAUCGAUGCAUCAGCAUCAACAGCAACAUCCACAGCAACAUCAGCAGCAACAACAACAACAUGUAGUUUUUUCAACCUCGAAAUGGGCCAAAUCAAACUUUCUCAACGGUAGAUACAUCCAGCAGCACCAUCCGCAACAUCUUCAGCCAACGCACAGUGCUAGCAACUAUCAGACCACUCUUAUCAGUAACUGGUUGAAAGACGCGGCCCUCUUAACGUUUAGGGGUUGCUGCCCCCAACGCCCUUAUCUGUACUAUCAGGGUCAUCCGGGCACAAUGUUUCCGGUACCGCCGCCACCGCAGCCUCCGUCGUUCCUCGCUCGAAGAUCAACGGGUCAGAGGCCUAAGAAACAAUUCAUAUGCAAGUUCUGCAAUCGACAGUUCACGAAGAGCUACAACCUGCUGAUUCACGAAAGGACUCACACCGAUGAGCGACCGUAUUCGUGUGACAUAUGUGGGAAGGCUUUUCGCAGGCAGGAUCAUUUGAGGGAUCAUCGAUAUAUACACAGCAAGGAGAAGCCAUUCAAAUGCAACGAGUGCGGCAAAGGGUUUUGCCAAAGUAGGACUCUGGCAGUUCAUAAAGUCAUGCAUAUGGAGGAGUCACCACACAAGUGCACGGUAUGCGGCCGGAGCUUCAAUCAGAGGAGCAACCUGAAAACACAUCUUCUUACGCACGCGGACGUUCCGCAGGACCUCAGGAUCGAGACUUCGGUAGCGUCGGACUCGAGGAUCAUGUCAUCAGAGGAUUCGAAAGUCUAAUCACGUCGACAUGAAAUGUGAAGAAAAUUGUGUACUCCCGUUAUCGUCGAUAAGGUUGUUUGAAGAUACAAAGAAAUGAUACAUUUCAAAAGUAUAAUAGAUAGCCGAAGGAACGUAAGAUAGGAAAGGUGGAAUUGAAAAGAGAUGGAGUGAAAAUGAGUUUUUGUGAGAGAAGGAAGACGAAUGAAGGACCGUCCGGCUGUUGUACCCUUUAUCGUUUCUUCU